AUGACUAAAGCUGACGUUGCCAAGGCUAAGGAUUCUAAGAGUUCCAAAGGUGCCCAUGAUGCAGAUUUAGAAGAUGUGUAUGAAGAACCUCCUUUUCACAGAACUCUGAUCUAUGAUUUUGUCUUAUGGUUAUUGAUUAAUAUCUUCAACUGUUUUUUCAGAGAGAUUAGAUCUAGAGGUGGUUACAAGAUCCCUAAACAAGGCCCUGUCAUAUUCGUUGCUGCUCCACAUGCUAAUCAAUUCGUUGAUCCAGUCAUUUUGGUUGGUCAGAUUAGAAAAUCUGUCAACCAAAGAAUUUCAUUUUUAAUCGCAGCAAAAUCUUUAAAAAUGAAAGUUGUAGGUUUCCUAGCUCGUUGUAUUAUGUCAAUUGGUGUCGUAAGACCACAGGAUAACUUAAAAUCUGCAAGAGGUAAAAUUUCCUUAGAUCCAGAAAAUCCAUUGAAAAUCAAUGGUCAAGGUACUAAAUUCUUAGAAGAUGUUCAACCAAGAGGUUUAUUAGGUUUACCAAAGUCAUUAGGUUUCGUUGAAAUUCAAACCAUAGAGAGUGAUACUGUGUUAUACAUCAGAAAAGAAUUCAAAACAAGCAAACCUGAAAUUAAGUCCUUGCUUACAAAAGGUUGUUCAUUUAAAUUUGCCCCAAAAGUUGAUCAAUCCAAAGUUUAUCAUCAAGUAUUUGAGCAUUUAAACCAUAAAGGUUCCAUUGGUAUUUUCCCAGAAGGUGGUUCUCAUGAUAGACCAGAUCUGUUGCCAUUGAAAGCUGGUGUUGCAAUUAUGGCCUUAGGUUGUAUGGAUAAACAUGCCGAAGCAAAUGUUAAAAUUGUCCCUUGUGGUAUGAACUAUUUCCAUCCUCAUAAGUUUAGAUCAAGAGCUGUUGUCGAAUUUGGUGAUCCAAUUGAAAUCCCAAGGGAAUUGGUCGUAAAAUAUGGAAAUCCUGAAACUAAUAAAGAAGCUGUCAAAGAAUUGUUAGAUACUGUUACUGAAGGUUUGAAGGCAGUCACUGUUAAUACACCAGAUUAUGAAACUUUAAUGGUCGUCCAAGCAAUGAGAAGAUUGUACACUGCUCAAUUAAAUACCAAAUUAUCCCUACCAAUGAUUGUUGAAAUGAAUAGAAGAAUUGUUAAAUAUUAUCAAACAUAUAAAGACGAUCCAGAAUUUAGACAGUUAAAAAAUGAUAUCUUAAAGUAUAACUCACAUUUGCAGCAGUUUAAUAUUCCAGAUCAUUUAGUUGAAACUGCUAAGGUUGAUUUCACAAAGAAUUUAUGUUUGUUGGUAUUCAGAAGUAUCACUCUUUUUGUUUCUGUAAUUUUAGCAUUACCAGGUAUUUUGUUAUUCUCACCUAUAUUCCUUGUUUCCAAGAGAAUAUCAGAAAAGAAAGCUCGUCAAGCUUUAGCAAACUCUACAGUUAAAAUCACCGCUAAGGAUGUCGUUGCAACAUGGAAGAUUUUGAUGGCAAUGGUGUUUGCACCAUUGUUGUACAUCUUUUGGUCUUUGUUGUUUACACUUUACUAUGGCGGAUCUCAUAAUAAAAUAUUGACUUUCUGUAUAUCGUAUGUUACAUGUUCAUUGGUUACUUAUUCUGCAUUAAUUAUUGGUGAUAUGGGUAUGGAUACAUUUAAAUCCUUAAGACCAUUAUAUAUCUCAUUAACAUCCCCAAAGGGUUUGAAGAAAUUACAAAAGGAACGUCUGGAAUUGUCUGACAGAAUCACGGAGGUGAUGAACACCUUAGGUGCCGAAUUGUUCAUGGAUAUUGACACUCACAUUUAUGAAGAUGAGAUCGAUGAAGAAGCUGAAGAUAGAAAGACUGCUGAGCUAAAGAGAAGAAGAAUGUUAAGAAAGAAGAAAGAAAAGUUACAAAAGAUGAAAUUGGAAAAUAUUUCAAGCGAAAACACAUCUGAAGUUGAACAAACUCAAGAAUCAGAUGCAAUUUCUUUAAUGAAUAGUGACAACUCUUUAUCUAAUAUUCCAUUUUUCUCAACUGGUGUUGAUAGACCAUCUUCUUCUGCCUCCUCGGUUAUGGCAGAAUCCUCUAGCUCAGAUUUUGAGGUAGAAAAUUUCGAAUCAAAAGGUAACAAUAUUUCUGAUAAAAUUGCCAAAGCCAUUUGGGAAAAAAGGCACGGUGAGAAAGAAGAAUAA